GUCUGACUCUGCGCGGGCUGGAAGUGCGCAUAGCGGCGCACGGUGGGUGGGCGGAUCUGGUGCCUUCUACGACUAGCUCCCGGCCUCUGCAGUUAGACGCCCCCAGGUUGGGGAAGGGUCGCCUUGUAGGUCUCCAGUGGUCCAAGCGUUAACGCCUUCCUGUGCUGCGGCUACAGAGGCUGCGAUUCCUCCAGCGCCCGGGGGCGGGCAGAACAACCUCUGCUUUCUGCGGACCUGUCGUGGGAGUAAAGCGACCACGACAGGCAGUGUCUAGCAUGUCGGCGCUCGAGUGGUACGCCCACAAGUCCCUGGGCGACGGCAUCUUCUGGAUUCAGGAACGCUUCUAUGAGUCUGGCAACCGUGCCAACAUCUGGCUGGUGCGCGGCUCCGAGCAGGACGUGGUGAUCGACACGGGCCUGGGGCUGCGCAGCCUUCCGGAAUACCUGUACUCCUCCGGCCUCUUGCAGGACGGCGGGGCCAAGGAGGACGCGGCGUGCCGGCCGCUGCUGGCGGUGGCCACCCACGUGCACUUCGACCACUCCGGUGGUCUCUACCAGUUCGACCGGGUGGCCGUGCACCACGCCGAGGCCGAGGCACUGGCUCGCGGGGACAACUUUGAGACCGUGACCUGGUUGUCCGAUAGUGAGGUGGUACGGGCGCCCAGCCCCGGCUGGAGGGCCAGGCAAUUCCGAGUGCAGGCGGUACAGCCCACCCUCAUCCUGCAGGAUGGGGAUGUGAUCAAUCUUGGUGACAGACAGCUCACUGUUAUGCAUAUGCCUGGUCACUCUAGGGGCAGUAUUUGCUUACAUGACAAAGACCGAAAGAUUCUCUUCAGUGGAGACGUCGUGUACGAUGGAUCGCUGAUUGACUGGCUCCCAUACAGCAGGAUAAGUGACUAUGUUGGAAGCUGUGAACGUCUGAUAGAAUUAGUAGACAGAGGUCUGGUAGAGAAGGUGCUUCCUGGGCACUUCAAUACUUUUGGUGCUGAAAGGCUUUUUCGACUAGCUUCUAACUAUAUUUCGAAAGCUGGGAUAUGUCACAAAGUUUCUACUUUUGCCAUGCGGUCUCUUGCAAGUUUAGCCCUACGUGUAACAAAUUCUAGGACCUCACCCUAGUAUCUAUACCAAUAAUCUAUUUCCGAUUAAUUCUAUAAAUUAAUCCAAUUCAUUUUGUGCUGGUUAAAAUGAUUAAUGGUGAGCAUUUCAAAAAGUGCUAUCAUACUACUGUCUUAUAUUAGAGAUAAAAGGUUGAGAAUGAAUAAGUCAAAAAAGAAAGUUCGUAAUUUAUUUUUUCCUUUCUUCCAAGUAAGAAACCACUUAACGAAGAUUAUAAUUUGCCAAAGCUGUCAUCCUUUAAUAUUUGCUCUAUAAAUGACAUAAAAGUAUAUGGGGAAGCAAGGAGGCAUUUUUCAGUAAGAGAUAGACCUGUCCUUGCCUCCUACUUGUCUUAUUUUGUUUCCUAGGUGACUUAGGAAAAAAGGCAUAAAGAGUGUUAUGUUUAUACUCCAAACUUAAUAUUUUUAGUAUAUUUUUUAAAGAUAAAAGUUCCUUGAUUUAAAAUACAUUAGAACUCGAUACAAACAUAUGAACUAAGAUUUAGAAUGACAGCUAAAACAAUCUAUUGUUAUGAUAUGGAAAUUUUAUGCUUCAUUUUAUUUAUUCCUAAUGUAAUUAUAGCGUACAUUAUAUGUUGUGUAAUUUUACUUACAAAAAGUACAAUGAAUUUUGUUUUAUUGAAAAGCUUUAAAUGUAAAUUGCAGAGUGCUUCAGUAAAAAGCUAUUAUAUAUUGUUUGUUAUUAUGUAUGUGUAAUAUUGUCAAUCAUAAAAGUGAAAUUCAAAUGUCUGUAAUCUAAUUACAAAUUGUCAGAUUUCUCAAAAGGACACUGUCAGGCAAAUCUGAGAAUAUACACAUUGAGAAUACUUUUUUAUUAUAUCCUAUUUUAAUAUUAACAGCUAUUAUAAACAAAAUUUUUCGUGUGAAAUAGCAACUUCAGUAUGUCAUAUUUUAUCGUAUCCCAACAACUAUAGAGAUCUACAACAUCCUGAUAUAAAUCAUUCUUUUACUUAGCAUGACAUACAUAUGUACCACAGAAGUCCUUUCAAAUUAAUUGCAAAAUGUGUUUUAGAUAUCAACUUAGAGUGAAUUGCCUUUUUAAUCCUGAUUCACAACACCUAUUCCUGUUCAGUAUUCUUUGUCUUGAAUGAAAAGAAGUCUACAUUUGUGAAGUUAUAGGAAAGAUUAUACCACUAUUUAGUAAAAUGUUUUGGUUUGGUGCUCUUAAUAAUUCAUUUUAAAAACCUUUUGGAAUAUUUCAUAAAGGUUUUUAAAAAAAUUUUUCAAUGCCUUUUUAUUAUUGACAUGCCAAAAACCAAACUGGGAUAGCUUUGGAAAUCAGAUUUUUAGUCUUAGGAAGGUCCAGCAAUUGAUUUCUGAAAAAGUUACGAAACUUUUCCUACCGUACACCCACCCAGGUUCUUUAGUCUUUUAUUAAUUCAACACACACGCUCAUACACACGAUCACAUACAUACAUGCACAGCAUUGUGCUCAACACUGUGGAAGCUUAAAAAGUCAAAGAGACUAUUUUCUAGCUGGAAGUAGAAGACAAACAAAAUAUGAAUAAUAUUAUAUGCAGGUUGAAGUUAAUACAAAUAACACGUGAAUCAGGGACAUGAAUGGAGGGAUGUGAAAUUUAGUCAGGGAAAGGUUCCAGGAAGAGGGGUUUUUGAGUCAGAUUUGGAAGGAUGAUUUGUUAGGUGGUCGGGGUAGGAAACAAAAAGAUCCAAGAAUAGGAAUGGAAGCAUUGCUGUCUAGAGUAGGCUAUUCCCUGUGACAGUUUAAAUUUAAUUUUCAGGAAUCUUAGAUCUUCCAAACACCAAGUAUUUAGCAUGAGAAAGAUGGGUUUGUGAUCUUGUAUAUAAGAAUCAUCCUAAUGACAGACAAGCUGUACUGCCACAUGCCACCAAAUGAACCUUAACUUAAAAUCAGUAAGGAGGCCAUGAUUGUUCAAGUGUAGAAUAUCAUGGGAGUUUCUCUACGAUAGUCAUUCAAGGCAGGAGGUCUGUUUCAGUUGAUAGUGCAACAUCAAGAAUAUAAAUUUGGUUCAGGGCAACUACAAACAAUCACUUAAUGAGCCUUAAAUAUAGCCAUUAUUUUUAUAUCAGUAGCACAAAAGAAAACCAAAAGUCCUUAACCAUGGACCAUUUUAUCAUACUUUAGGACUUUUUUUUUUAGGCACUCUUUUUUCUUGAGAAAUAUUUAAACCUGAUGAAGAUUUUUCUUAUUUCUUAAAAGAAUAAUUUUUCAAAACACGUUGAUUUUAUUUUUAAAUUUCCCAAUGUUGUUUUUCAAUUUUUCAAAUCAUACCAAAACAUAAGACUGUGAUAUUUGACUAUUGCUUCAAUAUGAAUAAAUUGGGGAAAGGAUCUAUCAUUCAUUUAGUGCCCAUGCUAUGAAUUUUAAAACGUGCAUUAUUUAAUUUAAUCCUGGCCCCAGUGCAAAGAAGUAAUUGACCAGCCUAAUACUAUACAACUUUGGACACAGCUGGUAAUUGAACAUAGGUCUGUCUGCCUCUCAAACUGUGCUCUUUCUCUUAUACCUGCAUAAUAACAUAAAAUUGGCAAAGUAUAUUUUUACUUUCCAAGACGCCACAUGUGCCAAGAAUAAAUCAAGUGAUGUUAAAGCAUAAUAAUAACAUAUUUUAAAAAAAGCUUUAAAACUAUGUAUUUUCACCCUGACAGUGACCCUUGUUGUAAUUUAUGGUGUUUUUUUUUUUGGUUUUGUUUUUUAGAAAUAAUAGUAUGUAAAUAUAAUUCAAAAUUGGCAAAAUGUAAGACAUUUAGAAAUAAUUUUUAUUAUUUAUGUUGUUAACUUAAUCUUUGGAAAUUCAUUUUCCUUAUUUGGUGUUUCCUUUUAACUGUCUUAAACAAACAAAAACCUUGUAUGCUACUCUGAUAUAGUUGAGUAAAUGAUUAUGUGUAGUUGUUCUUAUAUGGAUAGUAAUAUGAAUGUGACAUGCACAAGUUGUCCCUUAUAAUUUUCAGAUAAGUGUAAGUAAAUAUUUGUGUGCUAAAUAUUAAA